GUCUCUAUCUGUUCCACAUUGCACAGGGAGCUCCACCACCAUGGCAGAGCGCAGGGUGAACCGGGACCGGGCCGAGGACGACUUGCUGCCGGUUUACCUCGCACGGCCCGGCACGGCCGACCAGGUCCCCAGGCAGAAAUACGGCGGCUUGUUCAGCAGCGUCGAGGGAGCGUUCGACAGUAAAACCAUCGACUUUGACGCGCUGAGCGUCGGACAGAGGGGCUCCCGGACCCCGAGGACCGGCAGAGAGGAGUCGAGGAGCCCGGCGAGGGACGACAGGAGCCGUACCGGUUCUGAGAAAGGAGGAGGUAAAGAGUCCGCCCGGGUCGAGAUAAGAAGCAGCAGCGGUAAAGAAGUGCUGCAGAACCUGGAGGACGAGAAGAGCGAGAGGCUUCUGAUCAAGGGCGGGAGGAUCGUGAACGAUGACCAGUCCUUCCAUGCCGACAUCUACAUGGAGGAUGGCGUCAUUAAGCAGAUCGGAGACAACCUGAUCGUGCCCGGCGGUGUGAAGACCGUCGAGGCCCAGGGCAAGAUGGUAAUCCCGGGGGGCAUCGACAUCCACACCCACUUCCAGAUGCCGUACCGCGGAACCACCACCGUGGACGACUUCGCCCAGGGAUCGAAGGCCGCUCUCGCCGGGGGCACGACCAUGAUCGUGGACCACGUGAUCCCGGAGCCCGGCAGCAGCCUGAUGGAGGCCUACGACCAGUGGAGGCAGUGGGCCGACGAGAAGUCCUGCUGCGACUACUCCCUCCAUGUGGACGUCACCCACUGGAACGACAGCGUGAAGCAGGAGAUGGAUACCCUCAUCAAGGAGAAAGGUGUGAACUCGUUCCAGGUCUACAUGGCGUACAAGGAC